GUUUGUGUGUCCGUCACAGAGAGCAGGAGAGGGUGAAGUCGAGAUAAACGUGUGUGGAGAGAUGCCUCUGGAGGUCAGAUGGCCGUUCCCACAGCGCCCCGCUCUGGCCUGGAGGAUCUCCGGCUCCCUGAUCAUGGGCAUGGUCGGAUCCUAUUCCUACUUCUGGACCAAGUACAUGAACCGUUUGAAGGUCCAGAACCAGGAGGUCCUGUUGAACCUGAUCGACCAGCGCCCCCCCGACACCCCCCUCAUCACGCUGUCCAAUCACCAGUCCUGUAUGGACGACCCACACAUCUGGGGCGUGCUGCAGCUGCGACAGCUGUGGAGCUUCAACAAGAUGCGCUGGACGCCUGCAGCCUCCGAGAUCUGCUUCACCGUGGAGCUGUUCUCCAGGUUCUUCAGCCGGGGAAAGUGUGUUCCCGUCUGCAGAGGUGACGGCGUUUACCAGAAGGGAAUGGAUUUCAUUCUGGAGAAACUGAACCAAGGAGAAUGGGUUCACAUCUUCCCAGAGGGCAAAGUCAACAUGACUGAAGAAUUCAUUCGACUGAAAUGGGGCGUGGGUCGGCUCAUCGCAGAUUGCUCCCUCAAUCCGAUCAUCCUGCCGCUGUGGCAUGUGGGUCUGAGUGAUGUUCUGCCCAAUAUGACGCCCUACAUUCCUCGGACAGGCAAGAAAAUCACCGUCCUGGUGGGGAAACCGUUCAGCGUGAAAGAUCUGGUUGAAUCACUCCGAGCUGAAAACAAGAGCCAGAUGGAAAUGAGAAAGACUUUGACUGAUUUCAUCCAGGAGGAGUUUCGGAGCCUGAAGGCCCAGGCCGAGGUUCUUCAUGGGCAGAUCCACACUAGGUCCUGAGUCACAGCCAAUCAGACUUUACCCUAAAACCACGGUAACUUAGAACAUGGGACUGUUUUUACCACAUGUCAUGGUAUCGGCUCACAUCCUCUACUCCGCUGCAGCACCUGGAACUACACAGAAUCCACAGAAUCCUGACAAACCGAAGGUGGUUUCGAUUUCUCAGCUUCAUCGGAAUCAUAAUCAUUGAAAAUCAGGCUCUUCUGUGAAUUUGGGUGCAACAGGAACUCCUCUGUGACUCAGCCAACGUUUCAAACCGGCUUCAAGCUUUGAUUUCAUCGAUCCGAUUCAGGUGCUAAACAGGAUCAGCUCCAGGAGAACCUGUGGAGAGCAGAUGACUGAGGUCCUUGGAUUCCUCAAAGUCUCUGCUGCUCCUGCUGUCCCUCACUGAAGAGAAGAAGAUCUCCAACGUUUGUAGAAUCUCCAGAAUAGAUUGAAGCUUAAGUGCUUCUAAAGUAACUUCAGCUGUGUGUCAGCUGUUCUCCAGCUACCAACCAGCUCAGUGUCCAGAGGAGACAAGAUGAUUCCACGUGUCAUGAUUUACGUCCAAUGCCAACGUCUACUAUCACUGCAGGAAGCAGUGUGUCCUCUAGUUGUGUUGUUCUGGGCGUGGGACACAUCACACUUUAAUGCAUGAGGCCAAAACUUCAACCUUCAAUUCACAACUCUUAAGAUUUCAGUCUUGUGUUAUUUUUAAACCAAAUUCUUUGUCACUGAUGAUAAAAGUCACUGAGCAGAUGAAGGAACUUCUUGUGUCAGUUUACACAACAGUCGAAUAAACUCUCAAUAUUUGAAUGAAAAGGAAGAAGGACGUCUUUGUGCAUUUUGUUGUGAUUUGUUUUCUUGCUCCACACAUCGGGUCACGUUUAAAACCAUCAACUGAUCGAGGUCUCGUGCUGCUGAUGCAUUUUAGAUCCAAAUAUCAGUCACUGUUUUACUCCAGUGACAAAUACAGUCCAGUACAUAUCCUGAGGCUGCUUCACAUUACAAGUUCAACUCUGUUGACCUGAAGCAGCAGUGAUUAGAAAGGCCCGGUUUGCAUCAGAAACGACUUCAGACAUGAAAACACAAAUAGAUUGAAUUCUUCCUGCUUAUGAAGAUGAUUUAAAACCAUGGCAGGAAUCAGAGUCUCUGCCACCACAAGAUAAACUACGAUGCAAAACAGUAACAAGAGAAUGAAAAAUCAAACGCAUACUGUAAAAUAAUUAAAUCAAAUUUGGUUUUGGAUUUAAAAAUACAUAAUUCAGUGAUUCUGGCUUUGCAGGAAGGUUCAGCUCUUCUCUAGCGUUCGGCUUGAAUUCACUUGUUUCCCACUUUCAGGAGAACGUUACACAAAGCUGCUGUUUGUUGAAACACUAAAUGUUCACUGUGCUCCUCUGUUCUAUAGAUCUAUAGAUCUAUAAUCUGAAGGUCAGCUGUCUGUCAGAGAGACGCAUGCAGAGUCAAUGUUCAGAUAUGAUGAAGCUAAUUGUUCCAUUUUCAGUUCUGUUUAACUUUAAAUCAGUUCUGCUCUCUGUAAACCUCCCAAACUUCACAUUAAUAUUGUUCCCUAGUGGUUUAGAUUAUUUAUUUUCCCAACACAUGAAACUGAGUUUUCUGUCGACCUCUCAACUUGUCACACGUGUUUAUAACUUGUUCAUCACAGAGGUCGGUGGCUUUGAUAAAGAAGGAAAGGCUGAGUGACCUCUGUGUAUUCUGAUUAAUGUAUUGCCUUACUGUGAUUGCCAAUCUUUCCUAUUGUACGUGAAUGUCAAUAAAGUGUGAGACUUUUCUAAAUUAGA